AUUUUGACGUCUUCUGGUCCUCGCUGAAGGGUGUGUUUACAUUGACGUCACAGCAGUUUGCCGAAAGGAUCCAGUUCUGAUAGAUCAGCAUCAUGUUCCAUGGGAUACCAGUCACAGGAGGUGUGGGAGGAGCUCCGGCCAAUAAACCUGAGUUAUAUGAGGAAGUGAAACUAUACAAAAAUGCAAGAGAACGAGAAAAGUAUGAUAACAUGGCAGAGUUGUUCGCUGUCGUCAAGACCCUUCAGGCCCUGGAGAAGGCUUACAUCAAGGACUGUGUCACACCGAAUGAGUACACCGCUUCCUGUUCCAGAUUGUUGGUUCAGUAUAAGGCUGCUUUCAAACAGGUGCAGGGCUCUGAUGUGGGCUCCAUCGAUGAUUUCUGCAGGAAGUACAGACUUGACUGCCCACUAGCCAUGGAAAGGAUUAAGGAGGAUCGGCCAAUCACCAUCAAGGAUGACAAGGGCAACCUAAACCGCUGCAUUGCAGAUAUAGUUUCCCUCUUCAUCACUGUGAUGGACAAACUGAGACUGGAGAUCAGGGCCAUGGACGAGAUCCAGCCAGACCUGAGGGAACUGAUGGAAACCAUGAACAGAAUGAGCAACAUGCCUCCAGACUCUGAGGCAAAGGACAAAGUCAGCCUCUGGUUGACCACCCUCAGCAGCAUGUCUGCCUCAGACGAGCUGGAUGAUAAUCAGGUGCGCCAGAUGCUCUUUGACCUGGAGUCGGCCUACAAUGCCUUCAACCGCUUCCUUCACUCCUCCUAAAGCUUCAAUCCAAUCGUUGAUCCCAUUCAUCUAAAGUUCUGACUCUAAUAUCUCUUAAGUUAAAAAAAAACAAAAGAAAAACCAAACACACUUUCUCCUCAUGGCUUUUGGUAGAGAGUGGGUUUACGCUGGACAGGCUUCCUGUCUCAUAUCCCCCCCCCCCCCAGUUCUUUCCAUUUGUAUCCUGUGUUCUUUAUUCAUGUUCUGUACUAUCCAAACUCCACCGCCUUGUAUACUCCACUGUGUCUGGUACAUCAUGCUGCCUGCAGCCUCGCCCACCAGGCUCGCCCUGUGCUGUGAGACGCUCCAUUGGCCUCUUUUUCUAGCCAAACGUGUGUGAUAAGUACUUUCAACAUUGGCUGUAUAUUCACAAAAAAGUUUACGUCUAACUUUGUACUGUAAAAUCAAAAAGGUCUAAUUUUAUACUUAAGUUUUGCAGAGCACCAGUAAAAAGGCACGACACAAUUAUAUUGGGCAAAGUCCGCACAUGAAGAAAUGGUUACAACAGCCAAAGCAUUUAUAUUAUUGGGGAGAUGAAUAUAUAUUUUUUUUCCUUAUGGUAUCCUAAUUCUGUCCAUUAGCUGCUCCGUGGGGUCAGGUUAGCAUUAUUUGUUACUUUUGUUUUUCUAUCACACACGUUUCUACUGUAGAAUUCUACAAUAGUUUUUGUCGAUGGAGUAAAAAAAGCUGACCUGUGUUGUCAGUUAAUGGAAAAUAAAUGCAGCUUCAAGAUGUGUAGACUGCACUUCAAUAUAGUAUGAAUAUGAAUGAAUUUGACACUAUGGUGGAAGGAAAUUCUUUGUGUAUGUUUUGUAGCCCUGUUUUCUGUUAACAUACGUAAUCCAUAUUUCCAAGUGAGGGUUUGGCCACAUUAAGUGGGCAAAAGCGAGGUGGACACGCCCCCCCCUCCUUAUUUUGCUUGCUAAAUAUGUUUCAGCCCUCAAACACCAUUAGGGAGAACAUAUUUAUUUAGAUUUAUCAUUGUAAAUAAUAGUUUUGAUUUUUAAAUGAGAGCAUGUAACACCUUUUUAGAAAUAAAGAUGAAAAAUCUACCUCCAA